GAGGACGCACGGCAUCGUCGAUAUGGUCAACAUCCCUCAAUGCAGAUGCACGCGCAAAACUGUAUGAUAUAGUCCCCUAACGCCGCUCGAACAGACUACGACCACAUUUGUUGCCUGACCCAGAAUGUCACGACCCUCGCAAUGGUAUAGCGUGCAGGAGAGACUGACGUUCUUCAGGCUGGGCCCUCAUGCGUGCCUCGGAGGCAAGUUCGCGUUGAUGGUCUCGACCUGCCUGAUAACGUCCCUCUUACGCGACUGGAAGUUCGCAAUGCCGCAAAAGCCUGGAAGACGAAGGAGCAGUGGCGACAGCGUGUCAGGCAGGGAGGCAUGGUCGGUCUCGUAUUCGGCGUGCACGACGUGCCGCUAAUGGGUUAAGAAAUUUUGCGUUUCUACCUUUUUCAUUGCAGCGUAGAGCCGGAAUGUACUGCAUUUCCUCCGCAAGCGGGAUGAAUUGUAUGAUUUCUCG